AUGAAUCCUUCUCGAGGUCGAUACGACAAUCGAAAAAUUAUUACACAACAUGGUCAAUACCAUAAUGUAUGGGAAUUUGAAAACGAAUGGUACUCUGGAUUAUGUAAAUGUAAACCUGCCAAACGAUGCUGUUUUGCUUGGUUCUGUUAUCCAUGCUUCAUGUGUAAAGUGGCGAAACAAAAUGGUGAAGAGCAAUGGUUAGGGUGUUGUCCCUGUUCUCUAUUUGGUCUUCGAACAAAACUACGUACAGCAAGAAGAAUUAAGGGAUCAUUAGUCGGCGACUGUUGCGUGUCAAGUUUCUGUAAAUGUUGUACCGCAUUACAAUUAGCAAAUGAAUUAGAGAGUCAGGGAUUAUUUGCUUGCUUCUGUUGUCCUAUCUAUGCCUGUACAAUACUGAAACGUGCAGAGGAACAUCCAUGUAGUUAUUGUCUUGCACCGAUGGCAUUAGGGCAGUUAAGAACAAAAAUAAGAACGACAUACAAUAUAAAAGGUUCGUUGUUGGAAGAUUGUUGUGUAACGACCUGCUGUCUAUGCGAAUGCUCAAUGAUUCAGAUGGAUCGCGAAUUAGAUCAUCAAGGUUUUACACCAAAAUCAAAAGUAGCGCUUACCUAG